AUGAAAUGGGGACAUGUCCAAGUUGAAUAUGAAUUACCUCACAUCUCAGAUCACUCUCCCAUGUUUCUACAAGUAACUGAUGAACCUCGAGGGGGUAGGUUGCCAUUCAAAUUUUUUAAUGUAUGGGUUGAUCAUCCUAAUUUCUUGACAUUGGUACUUAAGGUAUGGAGGCAACCAGUGAACAAGAAAGGUAUGGAAAAGAUUUGGUAUAAACUAAAGCUAUUGAAGUCAUUGCUCAAAGACCUUAAUAUUAAGGAAUUCAAGAAUGUAAGGAGCAACACUGUUAAGGCAAGAGAAGAGCUCAAAAGAGGUCAGAUAGAACUACAUGCACAAUAUUCUGAUCUGUUACUCAACCAAGAAAAGAGGCCGUUGCAUAACUUAGAGAAGUGGUCUAUGAUUGAAGAAAGUAUCCUCAAGCAGAAGUCCAGGAUUACUUGGAUCAAACUAGGGGAUUCCAUAUCAAAGUACUUCUCAGCAGUUAUGAAAGAAAGAACUCAUAAGAAGUUGAUUGGUAAUAUUCAGGCCUUAAAUGGCUGCAAAUUACAAGAUCCCAAAGCCAUUCAGCAAGAAAUCAUAUCCUUUUAUCAGAGUCCAAUGGGAGCUUCUCAAAAUAGACUACCAGCAGUGGAUAGGAGAAUAAUGAAACUAGGCCCCAUACUUGUGCAUCAACAACAACUGGAUUUGUGCGAGGAAAUCACUGAUCAAGAAAUUUUGGAGGGACUAAGAAGCAUAGAUGAUGAUAAGUCUCCAGGUAUUGAUGGUUACACAUCAUGUUUCUUCAAAAAGGCUUGGCAGAUGGUUAAAGAUGAUAUAUGUUCAGCAGUGAGAGAGUUCUUCAUUACAGGGGCAAUGUGUAAGGCUAUAAACUGCACCUCUAUCACUUUGGUGCCCAAAAUACCUAGUCCAGUGACUGUGAAAGACUAUAGACCAAUUGCUUGUUGUACUGUUCUCUAUAAAAUUAUUGCCAAAAUUAUUACUUCCAGAAUGCAGAAGAUUAUGCCUUGUAUUAUUUGUGAAGCUCAAACUGGUUUUAUACCGGGAGAUCCAAUCUCUCCUUACAUAUUUGCCAUAGUUAUGGAAUACCUUAGCAAGAACCUCAAUAACUUGAAGACUGAGAAAAGUUUCAAAUUUCAUCCUAGAUGCUCUAAGUUGGGAGUUACUCAUUUAUAUUUUGCUGAUGAUCUCCUUCUCUUCUCCAAAGGUGAUCCAUACUCGGUUGCGGCUAUACACAAAGCAUUUAUGAACUUUUCUAAGGCAUCAAGCUUACAAGAAAAUAUGAACAAGAGUUCAGUAUAUUUUAGGGGCGUGGCACAAGCUGAGAAAGACAAGAUCCUCCAACUACUAGGUUAUACACAAGGAGAGCUUCUAGGAAUACCAUUGUCAACAAAAAAGCUGACCCUGCUACAAUGGCAACCCUUGAUUGAGAAAAUUGUUAGGCGAAUCACCUCAUGGACUGCAAAGAAAUUAUCUUAUGCGGGAAGAGUACAACUGGUUCAAAGUGUUAUAUUUGGUAUUCAAGCCUACUGGGCUCAAUUAUUUUUACUACCUACUAAGUUGGGGGGGCUUAACUUGCCUAACUUACAUCUAUGGAAUCAAGCUGCUAUAGCCAAACUUCACUGGGAUCUAGCUAACAAACAGGAUAGAUUGUGGAACAGGUGGAUAAAUGCCUAUUAUAUCAAAAAGCAGGACUUGGCUACUAUGGUAAUUCCUAGCAGUGCGUGUUGGAUGGUGAGGAAAAUUAUGGGGGCUCGGAUAAUCUUGGAGAAAUUGCAUAUCAUUGUUCAACCUGGCCGAAGUUUGACGAGAAGUAUGUACCUACAACUGCUAGGGGAACUACCACGAGUUAGAUGGAAGGGACUUAUAUUCCAAAACCAGGCUCGACCAAAAGCUACAUUCACGUUGUGGUUAUGCCUUCAAGGAAAGAUGCUGACGGCUGAAAGACUGAAUAAAUGGGGACUAAAUGUUGAUCCUACUUGUGUGCGUGCUAUGCAGGUCCUCUUUUGA